GUUGCUUUAAUUGUAACUCCUAUAGCCAUUCGAUGAAAGAUUGCAAGAAGCCUCGUGAUUCUGUCGCUGUCAAUUCCGCUAGGAAACAGCACAGAUCCAAACUGAACCUAAAUGCAGUUUCUCGCAUUCGGUAUUAUCAAAGCUCUGAAAGGGGAAAGUAUGAUGGUUUAAGCCCAGGCAUUCUUGAUGCAGAAACCCGGAAACUUUUGGGCCUAGGGGAGCUUGACCCCCCUCCCUGGCUUCACAGAAUGCGGGAAAUAGGAUAUCCACCAGGUUAUCUAGAUCCCGAAGAAGAUAAUCUGCCAUCAGGAAUCACAAUAUUUGGCAAUGAUGAAACUACGGAAGAAGCAGAUGCCAGAGAAAUUCUUGAGAGAUCGGCAGAGCCACCUAAGAAAAUGAGCGUUAGAUUUCCAGGGAUAAAUGCUCCGAUUCCCGAAAAUGUAGAUAAACGGCAUUGGGGUGUAGGCCCCUCAAGUUCUAUAGCCUCAAGAGCUCGUUCUUAUAGAAGACAUGCUAAUACAACGCCAGAUACUGUCAAAAGAGGCCAUGAUCUUGAGCAGCAAGGGAUAUUCCGCAUCCCAACUGGACCCCAAAGGUCUAGGAGUUUUGAAGAAGAGGGACCUCCACCACAUCAGUUUAGGAGUAUUGAAGACGAAGGCCUAGUAAGUCAGCGGUUUAGGGAUUUUGAAGCAGAAGGUUGUCCGAGGCAGUGGUUUAGAGAUUUUGAAGAGGAGGCUUCCAUGACGAAGUGGGUUCGGAGUAUCAACAAUGAAGGUCCUCUGAAUCAGCGGUUCAGGGAUUUGGAAGCUGAAGGAUGCCCGACACAGUGGUUCCGAGAUUUUGAAGAUGAAUCUCCUAUGAGGAUGUGGCACAGCAAUUCUGAAGAAGAAGCUCGUCGACAUGGGUGGUAUAGGGGGGGUGAAGGGGAAGGCGGUCCACGGCGGCAGUUAGGCUUCAAUGAUGAAUGGCGGCAUAUGGGCCAUUUCGGUGAGAUCGACCCAUUUUCAUACAGACACCAGGAUUAUUAUGAUUCCAAUUGCGGUGUCCCAAUAGAUGGAUUUAGGAGAUCGUUGUCUGACAGAGCAAGAAGAAGCCCACUAGCAGCAGAUGACGGUGCUUAUUUAUCUGUUUCGUACCCAAGAUAUAGGUGACGACUGCUCUGUGCACCAAGGAUGAAAAGAGUCUUCUGGAAAAAUUUAUUGAAUUUGAGAAAAGCCCUUGACUCAAUGAAAUGAAAUGAAAUGAAAUAGAGGCGCGAUUUAUCAAAAAACCUGCCUUUGUCCGUUUGUUGGAGAAGCGGUUGUUUUUAUACUCUUACCACCCCCAUUCAAGAAAUUUGGUUCUAGACUUCUAGGUAUCAUCAAUUUAGGGUUUAGACGGAUUUCCCCGAGAUUAAUUGUUUUCAUUUUUGUUAGGAGAGCUCCUUCAUGUGACAUUUCCUGACUUGAUAAUAGUACUAUUAAUUACUAGCUAACUUUUUGCAGUGGCA